CGUGAGAGAAUCGUCGGUGACUCGGUUUUGACUCGUUCGAGUUAAUUACCAGUAACAACGACUCACCGCGAUUCUUUGUUUUUUUCUUCUUUAUUUCCAUUGCCAUAUAAAUCAAACCAAAACCAAUUCUCCAACUGCAUUUCCAAACGCAAACGCAAAAGCGAUUUCUAUAAUUCAUUUCAAACUUUUUCAUUUCACAUGGCUGAUUCAACACCUACCGAUUCAGUGUCGGUGGAUAUGGAUUCCAUUACUCCUUCUCCUAAGGAACAUAUUAUCAGAACAUGCCAUGGUUCUGUCUCUGUUGCUGUGUAUGGAGACCAGGACAAGCCAGCUCUAAUCACUUACCCGGAUUUGGGCUUAAAUUACGUCUCCUGCUUUCAGGGGUUAUUAUUUUGUCCGGAAGCAUAUUACUUGCUGCUCCACAAUUUUUGCAUAUAUCACAUUAGUCCACCUGGGCAUGAGUUGGGAGCAGCUAAAAUUGAUCCAGAUUACCCUGUUCUAUCUGUAGAUGAAUUAGCCGAUCAAAUAGCCGAGGUGCUUAACUUUUUUGGUCUUAAUGCAGUUAUGUGUAUGGGAGUAACUGCUGGGGCUUACAUUCUUACCUUAUUUGCUAUGAAGUAUAGACAACGUGUUCUUGGUUUGAUACUUGUUUCUCCUCUAUGUAAAGAACCGUCUUGGUCUGAAUGGCUUUACAACAAGGUCAUUUCAAAUUUACUAUACUUUUAUGGCACGUGUGGGGUGGUAAAGGAGUUAUUGCUGAAGCGCUACUUCAGCAAGGAAAUUCGCGGGGGUACUCAAUUACCGGAAUCAGAUAUAGUUAAAGCAUGCCGAAGGUCAUUGGGUGAGAGGCAAAGCUUGAAUGUGUGGCGGUUCCUCGAAGCUAUUAAUAGGAGACCUGACCUAAGUGAAGGGCUGAGAAAAUUACAUUGCCGGUCUCUAAUCUUCGUUGGCGAUAUGUCUCCAUUUCACUCAGAGGCGCUCCAUAUCACUUCAAAGUUAGACAGACAUUUUAGCGCCUUGGUUGAGGUUCAAGCAUGCGGGUCAAUGGUAACAGAGGAGCAACCUCAUGCUAUGUUAAUACCAAUGGAGUACUUUCUCAUGGGAUAUGGUCUGUACAGGCCAUCAAGGUCGAGUGUGAGCCCAAGAAGUCCUUUGAGUCCAUCUUGCAUUUCUCCUGAGCUUUUUUCACCAGAGAGUAUGGGUUUGAAAUUAAAACCUAUAAAAACAAGAAUUGCUGGGGAAAUGUAAAGAAGUAGAUGAAUAAUAAUAUAGUUGGUUGGCAAUUUGCUUCCCCAUCUGAUCUGUUCAUGGAAUAAGUUCAUUUUUCUAUGAUUAGUAAGAGAGAUGAUGAAAUAGGGGAUGCCAUAAUAUUGUUGUAGAUAAUAAUGGGAUAAGGAAAUAAGAAAUCAACAAAAAAAAAAGGAAAGAAAGUGCAAGAGUAAGUUUAGAAGAAAUGAACAGAUAGUUAUUCAUUCAUUUAUAAUCAUAGAUUUUAGUCAAUGAGUCUGAAGCCUGAAGUCGACAGCUUCAGAAUUGUUGUUUUUGUAUUUAAUUUUGGUUUAAAGGAAGUUGUGAGUACAAUUGUAAAGCAAACAUGGAGACAUAAAAUGUCAUCUUCUGCUUUGAAGAAUUUGUCGGCAACAUCUUUUUCACUGUUUAUAUAUAUAUAUAUUAUAUUUUA